UCCACACACACACACACACAGAGUCUCUUAUUUUUCUCUCGGCUGCAAAUAGCUCAACGGGAGAAAACGUGCCUCAACCUAUUCCCACCCUUCCCCCCCACUCGCCCUUUUCUCUUUGGAACCGGGCCACCACCACAAGUCGUCUGUGACGUCACACAACAUGGCCGCCACACAGCAUCGAUUUACCGCUUCUCGUGUCUGCUGGGUUGGGAACACACUUUUAUUUCUUUUUCGAGGGGAAAUGGAAUGACUGUGGAAAGUGGCGGAAUGGGUGAUGAAAAAAGAGACGAAAGAGAGAGAGAACUAGGGCUGGGCAACACACAAGGCCAUGCAUACGUAUAGGGCGGGGCGGAGCUUAAUAAAUAUGGCGGCCAUCUUUAUUAUUUUGUAAUUCUUUCUCUCUCGUCUCUCAAAUAAACUUGUUUUAACAUUUUGAUUUGAAACAAACCAACGUCUUCGAGUAACGACAUUUUCUAAAAAAUAAAACUGGUUUUUCUAAUCGAAAGGAAGAAACAAGUUUUGACGACGAUUAUAUAUUAUAUUCCCCACUCUCUAAAUACGGCGUCUCGUGUUUUUCUCGACUUGGCUGCCGUUAGUGGCGCCACCGUCAGUCGAAGCUGAAGCCCCCCGAAGGCGCGUAGUGAAGUGCGCGCGUGUGCGAGUCUCUCGGGCGCCUCUGUGUAGGCCAGUUUUUGUGUGUUAGUAGUCGAUUGGUCGUCACGCUCGACGCUUGUCUCUCGGUUGUUCUUCGAUUCCGUACACAAUCGCCAGUUUUUUUCGUUGAAAUAUUUUUCUUUUGUUUGUUUGUUUCUUUUCGCGGACUUGCCAACAUUUUUCGUUUGUGAAUGUGUCGCCAUUUUCCCGCUGCUGCAGGACCAGGUGUUGUUGUGUGUCGUCACAGAACGACGGCGUGAAGCCCAAUUUGUUCGUGCUCUUGCAAUCGUCUGUGUGUGUGUGCAGUGUGUUUCUGCGUGUUGGCAAAGGAAUUUCGAUUGACGGCCAUGUUUUUGUUGUCGGCCACUGUUUUGAACCUUUUCUCGGUCGAAUCUUGUUGAUUUUUUCGGCCAACCAACGCACAGACCAAUCAAUCGGUUUUGGUUUCACCGAAUAGUUAUUUUUUUGAAUUUGAUCAAACAAUAAACACUGAUCGCCUGAAGGUGGAUCUUCGUUGCAGCGCCGGUGCGUUGCCGCCAAUGCUUUCGUUGGCCAACAGCAGCAGCAGCAGCAGCAGUGCGGCCAACAUGUCGGCGGCUGGAGGUGGUUCGUCAUCGGGCGGAGGCGGUGCCGGACUAGUGGGUAGCAACAAGCGGCAACAUUGCUACCUCUGCGAUCUACCCAGAACGCCAUGGGCCAUGCUGCAAGACUUUAGCGAACCCGUUUGUCGUGGAUGCGUCAAUUAUGAAGGACCCGACAGGAUCGAACUCGUCAUCGAAUCAGCACGACAGAUGAAACGAGGCCCUUACCCUGGUGGCGAACCCAUGCCACCAACGGCCGGACCAACGUCGUCGUCGUCGUCGCAACGACCGGCCGAACUGCGAGUCACGACGACACCGGGGCCGGGCAAAUCCAGCCAUCCGGUCGAAAGGCUGCAGAAUCGGCAGUCGGAAUUGAGCAACGGCAACAAUGCUUCGGAUGGAUUAGCUAAUGUCAUGCCGGCCCAUGCUCACGGAGGUCACGGGCAUGGAGGACAUCCCGGAGUCCCGUCCAUGUCUCGUUCGUCUCAUGGACCUCCUGGACCAGUCGGACCACCAGGCGGCUACAAUCACAUGCAUAUAAAUGAGCGCCCUCGACAUUUACCUGCCGAUUACCCGUCUCGAUUGCAGCAGCAGCAGCAGAAUAGUGUCAUGACCCGAAUGGAUUCGCUGGAUCAUUCCGAUCCGCGUGGACCUUCGGUUCGCGGUGGUCCCUCUUCCGGUGGUCACCACAUGCAGAUCAAUUCACACGGCCGUUCCGGUGGACCUAAAAGAGAACGAGACGACGACGACGUCAACAAUGCUCCGUCUCAAGCCACUUCGUACCUGUCGAGUAACGGUAUGAUGGUCCAGCUGCAACACGCUGACGGAUCCAAACGAUCCGCCAUGGAAACGAUAUCCGAUUUUCGGCCUCAAUUGACGCGAGGAGAUUCGCUUCCAGUCGGAUUGCCUGUCCAGUUUGAUCCGCGUGACGGCCGGUUGAAUCACAAGGAACGACCCACUCGAGUUAAUUCAUUCGACGCUCCAUCCUCUAACAAAGUAUUUCCCGGAAUCCCGUCUGCAUCCGGUGGAAAUCGCGGCGGAGUAACUGCAUCUCCGCUGACUAGAAACAGUCCACCGGGUGGGCCUCAUCAGCUUCCACCCGGCCAUCCGCUCAUGGUGCCCCCACACUCUUCGGCCGGCCCACUGCCACCUAGUAACAAUCACGGGCCGUCCCAGCAACAAACGUCGCAACAGCAGCAGCAGCAGCAGCAACAACAACAACAACAACAACAUCCGCAUCACCCAACAACGUCCAUCAACGGUGGUCCACCUUCUUCUACUCCACCCUAUGGCGCUGGGCCGCCGGGCUCUCACGCUCACCCGCCUCCGCCUUCCACAACUGCCAGCGGAUUGACCGGUGGCGGAGGGGGGAAUGCGGUACCUCCUGCUAAUCCAGGCAAAGCCGCUUCGCCGAUGCAGUCGCUCAUUUCGGUGGCCGAUACAAUACUGCCCGUCUCAAAUUCACCUCGAGGAAGUCCGCCGACCGGACCUGCCGGAGUGGCUCAACUUUCCCGCACACCAUCCAGGGGAUCCCAGCAUUCGCCCAGCUCAUCAGGAUCGGCCACAAGUCGGCGAUCAUCUGGAAACGGCGGUGCGACGGUGAGCAACGGGCGCCACGGUUCAACGUCCGAGGUGAAUGCGACAAGCGCCAGCCCUUCCGAUCCGGGAUCUCACUACGCCGGAUCGGACAGCGGCGUUAGCAGCGUUGGCGGAAGCAACAGCAACAUCAAUCCGACGACGGUUGCCGUUCCGCCGGCUGUUGCGGCCGCUGCAGCCGCUGCGGCGGCGGCGGCGGCGACGCUCAAGUGCACCAUUUGUCAGGAGCGGUUAGAGGACACGCACUUUGUCCAGUGCCCUUCGAUCUCGCAUCACAAGUUUUGCUUUCCAUGUUCCCGUGAUAGCAUCAAACAGCAAGGUGCCGGAUCAGAGGUUUACUGCCCCAGCGGAGAGAAAUGUCCGUUGGCCGGGUCAAAUGUUCCCUGGGCCUUCAUGCAAGGCGAAAUCGCUACAAUCCUGGGAGAGGAGAUGAACAACAAACCGCUCACAAAAGAGCGGGAAACUUGAAAACAAGUUUCAAAUUUUUUUCCCCCUCUCGACACCACCACCACCCCCUCAUAAACCCCAUAUUUUGAGCUCUCUCUUUUUUUCUGGUUCCUCCGUAUUCCUUUUUGAUAUCGGAGUGAUUUUUUGUGACCCGUUUGGAAGGUCCUGAUUUUUUUUUUUUUUUUCUCUUUUGAAUUUUUGUCGAUACAAAUCCCGCGUGGAUCAUGCCGUGCGUGUUUCUCCACAUACACAGACACACACACAACAACAACAUGAAACACAUACACAUUAUAGGGUGGAGGAAUUAUUUCCUUUGCCCGUUUGUUGAUUCAAUGAUUUUUUGUCCACUCUUUAAAUAAUCAAGUGCAACGGCCAUUAUUAGACAGACACAGACACGAAACGCUCAACUAUUUUUGCUCCCAUUUUUUAAAUUGUCAUUUUGUUCGGUUUUCAGACAUUUUGCUGGAUGAUUCCGUCUCUUUUGGUUUUUUUUCUUUUUCUCUCUUCAUAUUUGUGUGUACUGUAGAUAUCGUCCGUACGCACACGCAUAACACCGAUUGUGUAUGGCAUUUUCUUUAAUUCCGUGUCUGGAUAUUUGGAGAGAAAGACAAAAGAAGUUACGAAAAUUUGAAAACAAAACAAACAAAAAAAAAAGACAAACAAUUGUGCGCCAAAAAAACGCGAUGUCCUUUUUUGUUUUUUAAAUGGAAAAUAACCCAAGUUGUCCCUUUAUUUUCUGGGUCAUAUUUUCGUGUUGAAAAUAUUUUUUUGGUUGAUUGUUUUUUAUGUUGACUUGAUGGUUCCACAAUUUUCCCCCAAUUUUUGUCAGGUCGUAAAAAAAAGGCGAUUUUUUAAAACUA